AUGAACUUGAUCAACAUGGGAAGCCAUCAUGAACAAAGCAACCACUUGCCAAGCAUGUCUAAUCCCAACAAAGAGCGUCAGUAUGCUCAUAUGGCUCAUCAGUUGCAGUUGCUGCAGUCAAAUCUGGUGAAGACCACCGAGCAGCUCGAUAUCAUGUCACAACAGUGCAAUAAGAACCUGGUAGGCCAAUUGGGUAAAGUGCAUGCAACCUGGUUCAUUGGAAGCAAUAGAUAUUUUGAGGAAGAAAUGUUAGGUAAGCAGAAGAAAUGA